GGGGCCCUGCCUUCACCUGCCCGCCGCGGGGCCACCGGCGCGCGCUGGCUCCCGCAGCUCCCCGCCCGCGCCCCGGGAACAGGUGCCGGGACUGUUUGUGGCCCGCAGCCGCCCGCCGCUCGUGCGGAGGUGGGACCCAGGAAGGGCUCGCAGGGCGGCCACAUGGAGAGCCGCGGCGGGACUCCCCCGGCUGGGGCGCUCGGGGCGGCGGCCGAGUUACCACCGUCUCCGCUGCCGCCGGGAGCCGAGGGCGCGGCGGGGCCGGCGGAGCCCGACGGGGCGGCCGAGGGCGCGGGGAGCGGGAGCGGGGCCGAGGACGGGGGCGGGCUGCGACGGGCUCUGCGGGCAGUGUAUGUGAGCAGCGAGAGCCCGCAGGGCGGCCCGGCCGGCGGCCCGGAGGCGGGGGCGCGUCAGUGCCUGCUGCGGGCCUGCGAGACCGAGGGCGCCCAGUUCAUCUCCGUGCCCUUCGGGGAGCUCGACUUCGGGGAGACAGCUGUGCUCGACGCCUUCUACGACGCAGAUGUUGCCGUGGUGGACAUGAGUGAUGUCUCCAGACAGCCUUCACUCUUUUACCAUCUGGGGGUCCGAGAAAGCUUUGACAUGGCCAAUAAUGUGAUCCUGUACCAUGACACCGACGCGGACACUGCUCUUUCAUUGAAGGAUAUGGUAACUCAGAAAAACACAGCAUCUAGUGGAAAUUAUUAUUUCAUCCCGUACAUCGUGACACCGUGUGCUGAUUAUUUUUGCUGCGAGAGUGACGCCCAAAGGCGUGCCUCAGAGUACAUGCAGCCCAACUGGGACACCAUCCUGGGUCCGCUGUGUGUGCCCCUGGUGGACAGGUUUAUUAGCCUCCUCAAGGACAUCCACGUGACCUCAUGCGUUUACUACAAAGAAACCUUGUUAAACGACAUCCGGAGAGCCCGAGAGAAAUACCAGGGUGAUGAACUGGCAAAGGAACUGGCUCGGAUCAGACUUCGCUUGGACAACACCGAAGUCCUGACCUCAGACAUCAUCGUUAAUUUGCUGCUGUCCUACCGCGACAUCCAGGACUAUGACGCCAUGGUGAAGCUGGUGGAGACCCUGGAAAUGCUGCCUACAUGUGACUUGGCCGACCAGCAUAAUAUUAAAUUCCACUAUGCAUUUGCACUCAACAGGAGAAACAAUGCAGGCGACCGCGAGAAGGCUCUGCAGGUCAUGCUCCAGGUUCUGCAGAGCUGUGACCACCCGGCCCCCGACAUGUUCUGCCUGUGUGGGAGGAUCUACAAGGACAUCUUCUUGGAUUCUGACUACAAAGAUGACACCAGCCGAGACAACGCCAUUGAGUGGUACCGCAAAGGAUUUGAGCUCCAGUCAUCUCUUUAUUCAGGAAUCAACCUGGCAGUUUUGUUGAUAGUUGCUGGACAACAAUUUGAAACUUCCAUGGAACUAAGGAAGAUAGGUGUCCGGCUAAACAGUUUGUUGGGAAGAAAAGGGAGCUUGGAGAAAAUGAACAAUUACUGGGAUGUGGGUCAGUUCUUCAACGUCAGCAUGUUGGCCAACGAUGUCGGGAAGGCCGUCCAGGCAGCUGAGAGGUUGUUCAAACUGAAACCUCCAGUCUGGUACCUUCGAUCGUUAGUUCAGAACUUGUUAUUAAUUCAGCGCUUCAAGAAACCUAUUAUUGAACAUUCACCCAGGCAAGAACGGCUUAACUUCUGGUUAGAUAUAAUUUUUGAGGCAACAAAUGAAGUUACUAAUGGACUCAGAUUUCCAGUGCUGGUGAUAGAACCAACCAAAGUCUACCAGCCUUCGUAUGUCUCUAUAAACAGUGAAGCUGAGGAGAAGACGGUUUCUCUGUGGCAUGUCUCACCCACAGAAAUGAAACAAAUUCAUGAAUGGAAUUUUACAGCUUCUUCCAUUAGGGGAAUAAGCAUAUCCAAGUUUGAUGAGCGGUGUUGUUUUCUUUAUGUCCACGAUAAUUCCGAUGACUUUCAAAUCUACUUUUCUACCGAAGACCAGUGUAAUAGGUUUUGCUCUUUGGUUAAAGAGAUGAUAAGCAACUCAGUGGGCAGUACAGUGGAGCUGGAGGGGGACACCGAUGGGGACACCUUAGAGUACGAGUAUGACCACGAUGCAAACGGCGAUAGAGUUGUGCUGGGGAGAGGCACAUACGGGAUCGUGUAUGCCGGAAGAGACCUGAGCAACCAAGUGCGAAUAGCCAUCAAGGAAAUCCCGGAGAGAGACAGCAGGUACUCUCAGCCUCUGCACGAGGAGAUAGCCCUGCACAAGUACCUCAAGCACCGCAAUAUUGUUCAGUACCUGGGCUCUGUCUCUGAGGCUGGCUACAUUAAGAUAUUUAUGGAGCAGGUGCCUGGGGGAAGCCUUUCUGCUCUUUUGCGAUCAAAGUGGGGGCCAAUGAAGGAGCCCACCAUCAAGUUCUACACCAGGCAGAUCCUGGAAGGCCUGAAGUAUCUCCAUGAAAACCAGAUUGUGCACAGAGACAUAAAGGGCGAUAACGUUCUGGUGAAUACCUACAGCGGAGUGGUGAAGAUCUCUGAUUUUGGAACCUCCAAACGGCUUGCAGGAGUGAAUCCGUGCACCGAGACUUUUGCUGGCACUCUGCAGUACAUGGCACCUGAGAUUAUCGAUCAGGGACCUCGCGGGUACGGUGCCCCGGCAGAUAUCUGGUCCCUGGGCUGCACCAUUAUCGAGAUGGCCACCAGUAGGCCUCCGUUCCAUGAGCUCGGCGAACCGCAGGCAGCGAUGUUCAAAGUGGGGAUGUUUAAGAUCCACCCUGAGAUUCCAGAAGCCCUUUCAAUGGAUGCCAGAGCCUUCAUUUUAUCCUGUUUUGAGCCUGCCCCCCACAAACGUGCCACCGCUGCCGAGCUGCUCAAAGAGGGUUUCUUAAGGCAGGUGAACAAGGGCAAGAAGAGCCGAAUCGCUUUCAAGCCGGCAGAGAGUACCUGGGGCACCGCCCUAGCCCUGCCCACAUCCGGGGAGCCCCUGGGCAGCAGCAGCAGCGAGCACGGCUCUGUCUCCCCGGACUCUGAUGCCCAGCUGGAUACGUUCUUUGAGAAGGCCCGGGCACCCAAGCACCGGCUCAGCCACCUGCUCAGUGUUCCGGAUGAGAGUGCAGCCUCGUCCCCGGAGGACAGGGACCCAGGCCUCUUCCUGCUGCGCAAGGACAGCGAGCGCCGUGCCAUCCUGUACAGAAUCCUCUGGGAGGAGCAGAACCAGGUGGCUUCCAACCUGCAGGAGUGCGUGGCCCAGAGUUCGGAAGACUUGCAUCUCUCAGUCGGCCACAUCAAGCAAAUAAUUGGGAUCCUGAGGGACUUCAUCCGCUCCCCGGAGCACAGAGUGAUGGCAUCCACGAUAUCAAAGCUAAAGGUGGACCUGGACUUUGACAGCUCGUCCAUCAAUCAGAUUCAUCUGGUACUGUUUGGAUUUCAGGAUGCUGUAAGAGUGGCUGCAGGCCUGCUUCCGUGUCUGGUGCAGCUUUGUGUCCCAUGGCCCCUGGCGAAGAGCCUGACCUUUCAUAGGUGCUCAGUAAACCCCCCUCGAAUGAACAAUGGAGAGGCCCGGUGUGGGAGAUCCGAUCUCUGCCCGUCCCCUAGACCCAGCCGGACUCAGGGGCAGCUUGCAGGAAGACUCUGUCUGGAAGGAACAAGUCAGGUAAAUAAAAUUUUGAGGAACCACUUAAUUAGGCCUCACUGGAUGUUUGCGAUGGACAACAUCAUCCGUCGAGCGGUGCAGGCUGCAGUCACCAUUCUCAUCCCGGAGCUCCGCACCCACUUUGAGCCUGCAUCAGAGACCGAGGGGGUGGAUAAGGACACGGACGAGGUCGAAGAGGACUAUCCCCCAGCGGACGUGCCUGGCCGUGAAGCUCACGUGGCGUUUGGAGGGAGCAGCCUCAGUUCCGCGGGUGCCCCCGGGGCCCAGCCCCAGGAGCUCCACCACCAGCACCUGAGCCUCGAGCUGGGCGAGCUCAGACAGGAGACCAACAGACUUUUGGAACACCUAGUUCAGAAAGAAAGAGAGUAUCAGAAUCUUCUGCGGCAAACCCUAGAGCAGAAAACUCAAGAAUUAUAUCAUCUUCAGUUACAAUUCAAAUCUAAUGAUACUACAGAGAACCCAGCAUCCCCUCCUGGGUCUCAGGGGCAAAAAACUGAUCAAGAGCUCAUAGACUGGUUACAACUUCAAGGAGCAGAUGCGAGUACAAUAGAAAAGAUUAUUGAAGAGGGCUAUACCCUUUCUGAUAUUCUUAAUGACAUCACUAAGGAAGAUCUAAGACACCUUAGACUACGUGGUGGUCUCCUCUGCAGGCUCUGGACAGCAGUCUCCCAAUACCGGAGGGCUCAGGGGUCCCUGGCCUCCCAAGAUGAGGCUGAACCAGUCGGCUAGGCCAGGGGACAGAGGGAGCCAAGAGCUGGCAUCUUUGGUAAAACUUCUGUUAACAUAACACAAAUUCCAUUGCGUUGACACAAGGAAGACCGCAUUAUUUAAGAAAUUGAAGUUUUAAACAAUUACUGACGUGGGAUG